UCAUAAAAGAGCGAUUCGUCCAGACGGCAAAGGCAUGAAGUUUGACGAUAUUUUACUGAAGCUGGGGGAGUUUGGUCCAUACCAAAAACGGCUCUACUUCCUACUGUGUAUCCCCGCGAUAAGUGUAGGAUGUUACAUGUUAAAUCUUGUUAUUAUUUUGGAAACCCCAGGUCACCGGUGUAAGAUUCCUGGUUAUGACAAUGAUACAUUCCACGUUCAGUCGCCCUACCAUGAGUCACUUAUUAAUAUGUCCAUACCACUUAACCCUAAAGACAGGAAACAGCCGUACGACAAGUGUCACCUCUACCAGUUUUCCAAUGUCACAAAAACAGUGGAGCGAAUCAAAUGCCACGAAUGGGUGUAUGACCGCAGCAUUGUGCUGGAAACAUUUACAACAAAGGCCAACCUUGUGUGUGAUGACGCUGCAUGGACGUCACACAUCAAGCUCAUCUUCUACAUUGGGGUCUUGGUCGGUGAUAUUGGCUUUGGUUUGAUUGCGGAUCUGAUUGGAAGGCGCAAGACCUUAAUGGCGGCUGUGCUUCUGUGGAAUGUAUCUGGUUUUGCAGUAUGCUGGGCCCCCGAGUACAUCAGUUUUAUUAUUCUAGAAUUCAUUGUUGCUGCCGCUCAACAUGGUGCUUUCAUGGUGUGCAACGUAAUGUCUCUAGAACUUGUUGGUCCGAACAAGAGAGUAUUUUGUGGCACUCUAAUCCAUGGAUUCUUCACCAUUGGCUUACUUUAUCAAUCAGGGGCUGCUUACUUCAUUAAACACUGGCAAUGGAUUGACUUGGCCAUCGCAGCUCCAUUGGUCUUCUACAUAGCCUUCUACUGGUUGAUACCCGAAUCUCCUCGGUGGCUUAUGAGUACAGGGCGGUACGAGGAGGCGGAGGAAAUUAUCCAGAAGGCGGGAAAAGUUAACAAAGUAAAACUCCCUGAGAAAAUUAUCAAUCCUUCUACAAUCGAACGCGAAGAAGCUCAAGUGAAGUUGUGGCAUCUCUUCUCAACAAAAGAAAUGUUUGUUCGAACAACAAUCCUUCUUUAUAAUUGGAUUGCAGUGGCCCUGAUGUACUUUGGAGUGACAAUGCAUGCUGGGAAUAUUGGGGGAAAUUUCUACUUCAACUUCUUUCUCAACGGAAUUGUCGAGUUCCCUGCAAUUGUAUUUGUGAUUCUAACUAUGGACAGGAUAGGAAGAAAGGGACUCCAGUGUCUUGUUAUGAUGUUUGGAGGAGUAGCAACUAUAUGUACAAUAUUUACCAUCCUUUUUGGAGGAGACGAUCUCACGUGGCUUACAACAACCCUCUCGCUUUUUGGGAAAGUGGGGUCUACGGCAGCGUUUUCUGUGAUCUACGUCAUGACUCUUGAACUUUACCCGACAGUCCUCAGGAAUGCUGCCCUUGGUGGUGGAUCGUGCGUUGGCAGGGUGGGGAGUAUGCUGGCUCCAUACGUUGCAGCAUCUGGUGCGUUGAUCGAUGGUGACUUUUCCACUGCAUUACCACUGGUUAUCUUUGGUGUUAUAUCUGCCUCAGCAGGACUUCUAGUUCUGUUCGUGCCCGAAAGUCAGCACAGGAAGCUACCAGAGAGUGUUCAAGAUGGAAUCAAAUUUUAUGAAGCGCAAGAAAUUGACGACAAUCAACAGAAAUAUGAAAAUGAAGACGCAUCAUUACUAACGAUGUCAAAGUUUAGAGAUUCAUAAUACAUAUUGUGAAGCACAGGUUAAACUAAAACUGCCAAAUCAGGAACAAUCGAAAGUUUAGCAGUAGCAUAUUUUUACAUAGAUGAUUCUUUACCAGACAGAUGUUUCUUUACCGGUAUCUUGAAUUGGUGAUACUGGAUGUGGGUCUGGUAUCGUUUAAAGUUAGAACAAAACUUUUAUCUAAUAAGACUUAUUAGCCAGAACUGCGAUUUUCUAUUGAAUUCAAUUGAAAAAUAAAAAUAUAACUAAGCUAA